AUUGUAUUUAGUAAUUUUAAUAAUAUAAAAGCACAUUUAGUAUCUUAUCCAUCAUUAGCAUCAUUAUACGGAACAUCUUUAAAAUAUUUUUCAGUUGGAAUUUUAUUUACAUUUAAUCCAAUUAUAUUAUUAAUAUUUGUAUAUUCUAUUAGAGAAAGCUUAUAUUCUACAUUUUCUUCUUUAGCUUCUGGAAUGUUAUCUAUCAUUAUAUCAGAAGCUUUAUUAUUUAUAACCUAUUUUUGGGGAAUAUUACAUUUUUGUUUAUCUCCUUAUCCACUAUAUGAUGAAGGAAUAAUAAUAACAUCAUCUAGAAUGUUAAUAUUAACAAUAACUUUUAUACUAGCUAGUGCAUCAUGUAUGACUGCAUGUUUACAAUUCCUUAUAGAGAAAGGAAUGAGUUUUGAAAUAUCAAGUAUUGUAUGUAUUAUUUAUUUAUUAGGAGAAUGUUUUGCAUCAUUACAAACAACUGAAUAUUUACACUUAAGUUAUUAUAUUAAUGAUGCUGUUUUAGGAACUCUAUUUUAUUGUGUAACUGGUUUACAUUUUACACACGUUAUUGUUGGAUUAAUAUUAUUAUUAAUAUACUUUAUAAGAAUAGUAGAUCAAUAUGAUGUAAAUACUGAAUGGUCUUAUUCAUAUAUAGGAAUAUCUUAUGUUGUUUUUACUCAUACUGAUCAAAUGACCAUUUUAUAUUGGCAUUUUGUUGAAAUAGUAUGGUUAUUUAUAGAGUUCUUUUUUUAUUCAGAAUAG